CAUGCGUAACGAAAGGCAAAUCCGAACAACUUUUCUGCUUUGAAAAUUUGUCCUUUGGCUUCAAUUUCAGGGAAGACUACAUCUGAACUUCUUGUUUGUCCACCAUGGCGACCAACAGCCCAAACAAAGAUCCGAAAGCGGACAGGAUAAGAAAGAAGGAGAAGGGGCGACGGCUAUGGGCCAAAAUAGAUGCAGCAAUGAAAAAAUUGAAUGACGAACUUGGCUAUCCAGCUGGCGCAGUCAUGGUGAAGGAUGGUCGGAUUCAGUCUUGUGGGACACUUGGUGCUGCAGCAACAGCAGCUCAGAGAUUAUCUCUUGCACAAUCUGUUCGCUCAGAAGUUUUUGAGAAGUCUCGAGGAGAUGUAUCCAAUGUCAAUGGCAGCACUAGUAGUACAGCAGAAACAACAAGCAGGCAAGAUGCGCGGGGCUGCUUCGCACAAGGACCAACGCAUGCCGUAUACCUGACUCCAUUGCCUCGGCCAAUCGAAAACCUGACGGAGACUGAGCUUCGAAGUUGGGUUCCCAAGUUUGUCAAGGAAUCAACUGGACGCAACCAGCCAAGAUGGGGCGAUGAAAAGUUCAAGCCUCCGUGGUGGCCAACGCACGUGCUUCCUUUCGAGAAUGUGAACCGCGACCACCGGCUUGUGAAGGGCUCGUCCUACGCCGACGCUUUGCGCGAUGCCGUGCGCGCGUGUCUCGAGUAUCAUAACAUACCCGUCGAUCAAGCUGUCCAGACUACCUACAUGGAAUCCGGCAAGGCACAUCGCAAGCUGACGGAGUGCGCGUCCAACGUAUGCAAGGGCACUGCGCCACUGGCGCUGGUAGCCAGUCGAGAGGCCACCAGUCCCGAGGACUCUGAGAAUCUCACCCGCGCCGCCACGCUGCUCUCGGAGCAGGUCACGUUCCUGCUACAGAUUGCCCAGGGACUGUCGGCAGCGGAUGUCCUCACGUCCCUAUCGAGGCCGGUAACAAACUCGACAGCUGCGGAAGAGGAGCCUAUGCAGCUGCUGCCUCUGUCAACAACGGUGUCAACUGCAGGAGCGGGCAAUGUCGUCAUUGAUGAAGGCCCGUUUCCAUUAGUGGGUACCUCGAUUGUUGGCAAUGGCCUGGAAGAAGUUAUGGUAGAUGCAACCUCAGGAUUUGUGGCUACGUUAGAAGCUGCUAGCCGAGCCAGUCCCAUGCCAGGUGUCAGUGUCACCACAACGCCUCACUCCGUGCCGCACUCGUUGGUGGCUGCAGCAGUAGGACGCGCUGCUACAGCUGCUGUGUCCGUCGCGCCAUCCACGGAUAUCACUUUCAACGACCAGCUCACACUCACACAAGAUCCAAGUCGUAUGGAUUUCGAGCAGCAGUUGCGGACAACGAUUUCGCAAGCAGCUCACGCUUCAGCGGUGUCUGUGGGAGUGCAGUCGGACCGAGCCAAAGAGCAAGCGAGCAAUGAGCUAAGCUGUAUGAUACCAGUGUCGAUCCUACCCACUCAGCAGCCGACCAUUCAACACGUUGAGCAGUCGAUUGUGGUUCCAGAGCAUGUGCAGACUACGGACGAGUCUGUCAUUUCUUCCGGCGGUGUGGCCACUCGACGGUAGCUUCUGCAUGCCUUUGUCCAUCAACCACACUGGGCAUCAGUGACUGUAGAGUUGUGCUUUUUCCUGUAAAUAAGUUAGUGAGCGGGGCUCCUGAAUCAUCCUUUCCUCCUAGUGUUACCCUUGUAUCCAUAGUAAGCCAGUGAUUGUAUGGCCGUACAUAACUUACUUGUAUAUACGGCUGAGGUGACAGCGUGCACCCAGUUUUCACAUCUGCCAGGUCACUAGUUUUGUGCUGAUGCCAGUGCGCAGUGAGCCCACUACUGAUUUUGAUACUGCUAUGGGCAUGUUGCGAACAGAAUGCUGUGUGUGUGUGUGUGUGUGUGUGUGUGUGUGUGUGUGUGUGUGUGUGUGUGUGUGUGUGUGUGUGUGUGUGUGUGUGUGUGUGUGGACUGCGCCUCACUCACAGGGACGCAUAUGUGCACACACACACACACACACACACACACACACACACACACACACACACACACACACACACACACACACAUCUUUUGAAACUGUACAUACUAUGCUGUAGGAGCAUUGUCAACGGAUUUGACUGCUCUCUCUCUCUCUCUCUCUCUCUCUCUCUCUCUCUCUCUCUCUCUCUCUCUCUCUCUCUCUCUCUCUCUCUCUCUCUCUCUCUCUCCCUCUCUCUCUCUCCCUCCCUCUCUUCUCUUCUCUUCUCUUCACCAUGUCUUGACUUUAUCACAUGCAUAGAGCAUGAGAUUGUUGUCAUCUGGGAAAGAAUCUGGUUAGCCUUUGUAGGCAUAACCCUCUGCUUUGUAUGUGCAAUGCUUGCCAGUCUCUCACAUUAUGCCCUGCUUUCUUUUACCACUUCAGCAGUUUUAAGCCUCAUGCCGUUUACUUACUCAUGUCCAAAUUUGUUGUUGCUGUUGUUGCUGUGCUCUAGACGGUAGCACAUGUAGUAGGUCUUCGUUUCAGACUUGAUUACCGGAAUGUAUUGCUCGACCUUUCUCUCUAUACUAGAAUAACAUACCGGUAUGUCGAAAAGAUACACUACUUUAAAUUCCAGUACAAUGUAACAGUUGUAGUAAAUAAGUAAAUGUAGUACUAGUACUAAUAAGUAAUACGUCCAGGUUCGAUGGUGUGCAUGUGUGUGGGUGAGUGGAUGCUUUCUCAAGUGACCUCAAGCCUAGCUGUUAAACCUAGCUAUGGACUGGAUGGUAUUAUUCGAAACAUAACUCCUGCAUAUAAUAGUGUACAUACGUAUGUGUACCGAGAAGUGUCUCAACUGUCUGCUGCUUCAGACUGAUAAAUAAAUACACAAUAAGUAAUUGCUGCUGCAAGCAGCUGUACAGCUGUGUUAGUAAAGCUGCUUCAUGAAUAUCAAUGAUAAAAACUGCGCAAGUGUGGGCCGAAAAAGGGAC